AUGAAGAUUUUCCAUGAAUUUCAAGUGUUGCGGUCCCCUUGGAGCCUCCAGACACUCUGCAGAUUAUUCCACCAGUGUCACAGGGCUUUUGCACCUUUGAAUUUCUCAGAUUAUGAAGCCAUCGGUCGCCGUGAAAAGGAAGUGCCUGAAUACUUCAAUUUUGCAAGUGAUGUCCUCGACAAAUGGACUCAAAUAGAAAAGGAACGAAAAGGACCAUCAAACCCAGCCUUGUGGUGGAUAAAUGGAAAAGGAAGUGAAGUGAAGUGGAGCUUCGAAGAGCUGGGCUUCCUGUCCCGAAAAGCAGCCAAUGUGCUUUCUGGCCCCUGUGAUCUGCAAAGAGGAGACCGAGUUAUAGUGAUUCUACCCCGAAUCCUGGAGUGGUGGCUGCUGAACGUGGCUUGUAUGCGAACAGGCAUUAUCUUCACCCCAGGGACAACACAACUGACAGCAAAAGACAUUUGUUACAGAUUGAUGACUUCCAAGGCUAAGUGCAUUGUUACCACUGAUGCACUUGCUCCUGCAGUGGACUCAGUUGCAUCUAAAUGCCAGUCUCUGAAAACAAAGCUAAUUGUAUCUGAGAGCAGCAGGGCUGAGUGGCUGAACUUCAGCGAUUUGUUCAAGGCUGCCCCUGCAGUCCAUAACUGCGUGAAGACGAGAAGCCAGGACCCAAUGGCAAUCUAUUUUACCAGCGGCACCACAGGCUCCCCCAAAAUGGCUGAACACUCCUAUGGAAGCCUAGGUCUGGGAUUUUUCCUUUGUGGAAGAUACUGGAUGGAUUUGAUUCCCUCAGACAUCGUAUGGAACACGUCAGACACUGCUUGGAUAAAAGCAGCUAUUGGAAGUGUUUUUGGUCCAUGGAUCCAGGGUGCAUGUAUUUUUGUACAUGCCAUGCCACAGUUUGAUCCAAGAGCAGUCUUAAAUACCUUGUGCAGAUAUCCAGUGACAACACUGUGCAGUGCCCCAACCGGCUACCGCAUGUUAGUACAGCAGGACCUCAGCAGUUACACAUUUAAGGCACUGAAGCACUGUUUGACCGGAGGGGAACCACUCAACCCAGAAGUGAUGGCACAGUGGAAAAGGCGAACGGGACUGGAGAUCUAUGAAGGCUACGGCCAGACAGAAGUCGGAAUUAUAUGUGCAAAUACAAAAGGAAUGAAAAUUAAGCCAGGUUCCUUGGGAAAGGCGUUUCCUCCCUGUGAUGUUCAGAUUAUAGAUGAAAAUAGCAGCAUUCUACCUCCUGGGAAAGAAGGAGAUAUUGCCAUCAGAAUUGAUGCCAAGUGGCCUUUUACGUUUUUCAAUCACUACUUGUAUGAUCCAGUGAAAACUGCUUCAACAAUCCGUGGAAAUUUCUAUGUCACUGGAGACAGAGGGUGCAUGGAUGAGGAUGGAUACAUAUGGUUUAUGGGGAGGUCUGACGAUGUCAUCAUCUCCUCUGGGUAUCGUAUUGGACCAUUUGAAAUAGAGAAUGCCCUGAUAGAGCACCCAGCUGUUGCUGAGUCAGCUGUUGUCAGCAGCCCUGAUCCCAUCAGGGGAGAGGUGGUAAAAGCUUUUGUGGUUUUAUCUCCUUCCGUUAAGUCACAAGAUCCAGAGAAACUAACCUGUGAAUUGCAAGAUCAUGUCAAGAAAGUCACUGCUCCAUACAAGUACCCCAGAAAGAUUGAAUUUGUCCAGCAGCUGCCAAAGACAAUCACUGGAAAAAUCAGACGGAAUGAACUGAGGAAGAAGGAAUGGGGACAGAUUUAG